CUUAUUUAUCUUUGAAGUGAUGUCUUGAUCAAUUUGAUUGGUGACCUCUAAGAUUGAUAAGGUAGUGAUAUGAAAGGAAGAAAGGUGAUGAUGGUCAUAUGUGGACGGUGUUAAAUUCGCAGACGUUAAAUGCUUAAGACGCAAAGGAUAUCCGCUAAAUCUUAAAGGACUGCAUGACUUCAAAACCUUUGCUCACACGAUCAAGGGAAGCCUAUACUGAGUUACGUAAGUAUUCAUAUUUUUCUAAGAAUUUUUACUUUUCUCGUUUCCUUGCAGUCAUAAUUUUAUCUCAGCUGCUAGGAAAAUUUUCCACAGCAGUUGAUACUCUUCCUAGUUUCAAUUUCUGUCCGUGAGAGUACCUCGUCGAAGCUCGCUUUUUUCUCGCGGAAGCACUCUUUUAUUGUUAAAACUACGCUUCGAACAAUCGUCUUCCGAUCUAGAUAAAUACGCAACUUGAGGAGUUCUUGCGUGUGAUUCCGUGAUUCUUAGUCCCUUCGUCUGUAGAAAUCGUUUGACAGAGACGCAGGUUGUGAAGAAGCCAAUGUUUGUUAAAGUAAGUCAAACAUCCAUUCAUGCGACUUGCAGUGGUUAAAAUAUUAAAUUGUUUUCCUGCGAAGAUGACUAUCUAGUAAUUGUACAGACUUUAGUUUGUGGUAACCAUGAACACCUUUAAUAUUAUCAGUUGCUACUUAUUUAGUGAAAGUUCGAAGGACUGAAUGGCACUCCGCGGACAAGACCUUUUAGCUUUAUUUUUGUGACCCUUUUGUGUAAUUGAGACAAUUAACGAGCGGCAUUAAAAUGGGGAAGUAGAGAGAUAAGUGGAAAGCCGGAAACACCUGUUUGCAAUUUGGGAUCAUUUUUGGUCUCAAAUAAAGCCGCUUCCUCGACAUCAUCCUGAACGUCUCGAUCGCCCAAGUCUCGGGCGACAGCGACGAUCAUAUCAACAUGUAUAUGAGAACACCUCUGAUAAGGUGGUUCUAUCUGUGUGACUCAAGGAUGGGCCCAGUGGAUACAACCGUAAAUGACCGUUGUGUAGGUACAGGUUUCUACGUAGUCGUGCGGAUCGUCUAAUAUCGAGACGACCCGGACGGGGCUUAACCUUUUGUAAAAUCUAAAUCGAUUAUGUUUUGAACUUUUUAUCCUUCAGUUUCGACAAACAGAACUUUCGUGCGGGGGAACAAUUUUUUGUCAGUACAUUUUAAAAGAUGCUACGAAGAAGUUUGGUUUUCUGCCUGGUAAUUGCAGUUUUCCAAGGGCUGGUGUUGGUUAAAGGUGAGCAAUAUUCGACCAGUAACCGUUUUGUGUUUAUACAGUAGGCCCCAGUUUUUCAAAAGGUAGCUAGUGCUAUCCACCGGAUAAAUUUCUUCCUAGCGGAUAACGCAAUUGUUUCCCGUAAUACUUAUCCGCUGGAUAGUGAUUUGUCCGGUGGGUAGUGCUAUCUAACGUUUGAAUAACCUGGACGGGAUAAUCAAUAUAGCAUAAUAUGUUUUUGUGCUCCAUUUCGCUCUGUCGUAUGCCAUUUUGAAAAGUAAGCGUUAUAACAUAGUGGAUUAAUGCAAAGCACGGAAGUGAGGGUGAAAAAACUAGUAUUCUUGAAUUCCCCGCACCCAAAAAACUGACAACCAGAAAUGCGGUGCGGGAUAAGUAGACAAUUCUUAGCCCAUUUAUUGAACUAACCAACUAAUCACAAAACAAAAACAACUGUUUCCACUGUUUAGACACCAAAAAAUCAAACAAACUGUAUACGUUUGAUCCGGCCAAAGUAAAUGAAAAAACAAAACCACUUAUAAUAACUGUCAACCAUCAGGAAAACACAACUAAAAUCGUUACGAGGAAAUGGAUUACAGGAUUUCAAUCGAAAUAUACAAAAGAACAAAAUUUAACUGUCCGCUUGUAAAAAUCCACAAUGAAACUUGUUUACUGUUCAGCGAAUAUAUACUUGCUACUUUACAUAUCACACUUUCUUCUCAUAAUCUCAUGCCGGCACUUAAAACACACUGCCGACGAAUGCACCUGUGCUUGGGAAUUCAAGAAACCAUUUAUCUUUUGUUUCAUUACGCUUCGCUGCAUUCAGGCAAAGAUAAAUGAACAAUUCUUGAAUUCCCCGCACCCAAAAAACUGACAACCAGAAAUGCGGUGCGGGAUAAGUAGACAAUUCACAAUCAGCGGCAAAAGCAUAUAAGGAUACAAAAAAAAGGCAAUGUUCAUUAAGCAAACGUAUUUACUGUAUAAUAAAUAGCUAAUCGCUUGUAUACCAUAAGGGUACUGUCCAAAAAUCCUCAAGCAUAUCCACCUGCGGCAAGGAUACUAUGUCGUCAAGCAACGUUAAGCCAUCAGAAUUAAUUGGGCAAACGUAAAUCUCUACAUACUGCUGCAUACAACACAACUCGCGCAAUGUUUAUCAAGCAAAUCACAAACUGAAAAUUAAAGAGCCAAAUUUCUAGAUACCACAAGGGUAUUUUCCAAAGAUUCAUCGACAUAACCAUCUGCGGCUUGGAUACUGCGCCAACCACCAUGUCUACGCCAUACUCUCCCAGAAACUCCGCUGCGUGCUGCUUGGGAAGCACCACCUGAACGAAGGCUAUGUAAACCAAAUUCGUUCGAGUCUAAACCAAGUUCGGAAAUCAUUUGACGAAACUGUUCCCGUGCCCGAGAAUAUGACAGAGCAGCUUGUCGCAGCUUGUACCCGGCACCCAAUUUCUGGCAGAGACAAAAUAAUGACUGAGAUGGUUGAUGCUCUCCGCGCUCAAGGAAUAACUCUAACAGUUUCACUGGACAAGAGCUGGAAGGUAAACGAGCAACUUUAACCACAGAUCCCUGACGGAAUUGAUCGUUCUUACGCCUGUCUAGGAAAACAGACAUGUGGGUGGGGCAAAACCUUAAGUCACAGGCACGUAAGUCACGCAGCUCUGACCAACGUAGGAAAGCACAAAAACCAAGCGCAACCAGCGACACCAUUUGUAGGUUCGGUAGAGAAGCCCGAGGGUGACCAUAGGAACGAAUCAGCGCCCUGACGUGAUGAGAUUCAAUAGCCUGCUUUUUCCUAGAUGGACCAGCCAGGAGGCGUUUAAAGCCAGCCAAGGUCUGAGAAACGAGCGGAUCGUCGACAGGAUUAGGACAUCCAAGUUUCUUAUGUAGCCAUGCAAUGCCAUAAGCUGCUCCAAGGAUUGACGAGCGAGAUAAGCCUCGGUCUGAAAGACUAGUUAAGUAGAGAGCAACUGCGGCUGGGUUAGACUGUAAAGGAGGAAACGAGUAACACUUGCACCAGUCAAUCCAUCGAUUGGCUGCCCCUGCAUACGAAGACACGGUUGAAGCGGCACAGUCAUUAAGUAUGACAGUCUUUAACAGUUCUACAAGCCUCUGAAUCUCCGCGUUGCUCCGUUGGUAAGGCGACAAGCCUAAAGUGAAAAUCAACAAUGUCCAAAACAUGGCACUUUAAAGACAGGAACAACAUCCAAUUGCUACAGAACACUAAACGCGCAAGAUACACAUCGUCUGCAACGAGAACUGCCCACAUGGCAAGUUAACACAGCAACAGUACACACUCCAGCACAAGGAGGCUUGGCCCACUCGGCGUCAACUGGUAAGCAAAUCCACACAAAGGAUAGAGGAGUCCACUUGACUCUAAAACGAACACACUACUGUGUCGGCAGUAGUGCCCUCUCGGCUUGCUUCAGCUGCACAACUCGUGCGUACUAGUACAGUUCCAAGUCCACUGACUUGCAAAGAGCAAAGGCCCACACCUAGGCCAAAAAGGCUCAGACAGAACAAAAACAAAUAAUUAGGAUGAACAACUCGUUCAAGGUACUCAUCUAAGACGCGAAAAACGUUCUACAGCAAAACUAAGGAAAUACAAUUCUCAAAGCAAAUACCCUACACGAGGGAAUACCAUGCCCGAAAAGAUCCGCGGCUGCGGAACGAGGGAGAAAAGUAGACUCAUGUAAAGGAAUCUCCCGCCAGUCAAGAACAAAAGGGUGGAAAACCCCGGGGCUUCGAGACACCAACGGCCACCAAUGAGCAGAUUGCCAAAAGGGGAUAAUGAGAGUGCCCUGCUCUCUACCCAGUUUCAUGUGAUUGAUAACCCUGGGAAUAAGGAACACUGGGGGGACCAACCAAUUGUUUUCCCCUCCCCAGCUGACGGUAAAAGCAUCAACAGUUUCGGUCCCAGGACACCACCAUCGAGAACAAAACCUGGGCAACUGGAAAGAAUUAUGACUCGCAAAACGAUCUACAGUGUGGGUCCCCACAGAAUAUCCAACUGGCGAAAAUGGACAGGGUUGAGCAUCCAAUCAUCGGUGUCGACAACUUUCGACCAAUAAUCAGCUUUGAAAUUAAAGUGGCGAGGUAUCCACUCCGCAGAAAAGCGAAUACCGGCUUCAUGGCACAAAUUGUAAAUGGCAACCGCUUCUUUUUGCAAAUGAGGCUUACUACUGCCGACGGACAAAAUACUGCAGACGCUCUGAUUGUCAGAUCUAUGCUUGCACUCCUUACCCGCCAAAAGACCGGAAAACGACUGAAGAACAAAUCUAAUUGCACGAAUCUCGUGGAAAGAAGAGCUGCAUAGGGCCUCGGAACCCAACCAGUUCCCUCUAGCGAUAUGCGUACCAAAUUGAACAAUAAAUCCCGCCCAACCCACAUUGCUGGCAUCCGAAUAAGACAAAAGCUCUAUCUUCGGGGAGGGCCUCCAGAUUGGUUUGCCGCACAAACGAAAGAAAUUAUCUCUCCAAAAAUUAAGUUCCUCUACAGCUUCACGCGUUAAAGCCACCUUGCAGCUAAGGCUAUGAACGCUAUUAAGGACUGCGUACAAGGCUCGGGUGCGCAAACGCACAACUGGACCUAAAGCGAGCUCCAUGGAAAUAAGGGUACCCGUAAAACGAGACACAUCCCUAGCCGUGGGUGAAACAUCGUCAAGAAGCAGUGAAAUCAGAUUAAACAGGUGAUCAAUCUUGCCUGGUGGGAUACUAAAUUCUCCUUUGGUAAGGUCCAAAAUAAAGCCUAAGUGCUCCCCUUUUUGGCGCGGUUCAAAAUUGCUCUUCUCCUCAUUCACUAGCAGGCCAAGGCGAUCAAGAUCGCCUCGCACUAGUUGCGCUUCCUGAGAACACGAAUCUUUACUUGAAUCGGUGCCGAUACCGUCGUCCAAAUAGACAGAAAUCCUAAUGCCUUGUGACCGCCAGUGUGAAACAACUGGUCUUAACAAUUUGGUGAAAACGUAAGGAGACGUACUUAAACCAAAAGGAAGCGAACAAAACAAAAAAUAGCGUGGCUUACCAUCGAAAGUAAACGAAAAAGCCAAAUACUUCCAAUGCUCUUGAAAAAUGUCAACAUGAUGGUAGCCAUUACGAAGAUCGAAAGUAAAAAACCAAUCACCUGGCUGAAGAAUUUCCGCCACGACUCGAAGGUCUUCGAACUUAAACUUACGCUUGGCUAGGUGCUUGUUAAGAAAGCGAAGGUCGAGAAUCAAUCGAAGUUUGCCAUUCUUUUUAGGAACUACACCUAAGGGACUGCAAACAUGAACUUGGUCACGCUUGACUUCCACCGCGCUACCUGCCAACAACAAUUGCUCGAUAGCUUCACAAACAAAAGCUCUAUUAUCAACAGCGCUUUUAUGAUUACUAAAGAAAUACUUCAAUGGAAUUGAAACAAAUGGUAACUUAUAACCGCUUUCAAUAACACUAAGAACAAAAGAAGAGGCCCCAAUAGAACGCCAAACAUGCAAAAACUUGCGCAAGCGGCCUCGAAUCCAAAAUACUGAGGAAACGCCCGUGUCAAGUUCAGCCUCGCCGCGUUCCGAAAAUUCGUCAAAAUCAGAGUCAGCUAGUCAUUUAGCGGAAGAGGAAACUUUACAAUCCUUGAUGAAAUGGCCUGCUUUGCCGCAACCAAAGCAGCGAUAAACAGAAGCUUUUUUCUCCGGUACAGGAUUAACCAAAAGCUGACCGACAUCCGGGCGAAAAUCCACGAUUCUAUGUGACUGGCCAAAAUUUACUCUGGGGCCGCUUUUGAAAGAUGUAGACUGAGACUUAAAACGAGUUCCCAUUUUGCUUCUCAAGCUAUUUUUUCGAUUUCGCUUCUCCCGAGACCUCUCUGCUUCCUUGCGCGCGACACGCAGUUUCUUUUCUUCUUUCGUCAUUUUUAUUCUACCACGUCCCAGCCGUGUCGGUCAGCAAUAGAAAUAAGCUUAUUUCUGUUAUCAAGGAGUGACAUACCUUCUUUGGCAAUCUUAGUGAUGGCGUCAUCCGCCCCAGCCCUCUCUAAAAUCUGGUUGAACUUAUCCUUGACGUCAGUGUUGAACUUGAACUGUUUCUUGUUACUCUUAUAUUUGAACUCGGGCUCCUCCUCCGCAGACUUGCGUUUUAAUGAGUCGAGCUGUUCCAUGACAAACUUGACCUCUUGCGUUUUCGUCUCCAAGGCCUUUAAGAUUUCCUUCGCCCACGUUGGGGGCUCAGGGCUGCGAGAAGCCGAGCGACUUCUACGGUGCGAACGCUCGCGGACACUCCUUCGCGAAGGCGAAGAACUACGACCAAAACCGCUUGAAGCUGCAACAUGUGAGCGAGAACUACGACGGCCUGAACUUCGAUGUUCUCUUGACCUGGACGGCCGGACAACAGGGUCUUCAAUGUCCGCGUUGACUCUCGAAACACGAGAACGAACUGAAGCCGGGCGACCACGACGGCCCCGCGCCAUGUGGACGAGAUAGGAAGAACGAGCUAAGAAUUUAACUGUCCGCUUGUAAAAAUCCACAAUGAAACUUGUUUACUGUUCAGCGAAUAUAUACUUGCUACUUUACAUAUCACACUUUCUUCUCAUAAUCUCAUGCCGGCACUUAAAACACACUGCCGACGAAUGCACCUGUGCUUGGGAAUUCAAGAAACCAUUUAUCUUUUGUUUCAUUACGCUUCGCUGCAUUCAGGCAAAGAUAAAUGAACAAAUACUUUUUAUAAGGCUAGAUCUGUGUCUAGGCAGGAGGAAGAGAAUCAUGUGUUCUGAUUGGCCACCCGGACGGGCAAGAGGAUUCAUCUUGCUCGCGCGAGAUUUCUCGCUUUUGUUUUCAUCUAAUUUUGUCUUGCUACAUACAAACGCGAAAAAAAAGACUUGACCUCACGCUUGGUCAAUAACGCAUUUAAAUUUGCCCUGGAAGCACAGUGUUUUGCAUGUACACUUUGACACCGUAAGCUUGGCUCUCAAAUAUUUUGUUUCAAAGUUACAUUGCCAAGGGUGGUUAAAUACAAUACUUCUUCCCGGUUGCCUAGUCCGUGGGCCUUCGCGGCCAAAGCGUUUCGGGUCACGUGGUCCAAGCCUCGGCUACGUCACCGAAGUGAAUUGACCGAGAGGGACUAGGAAAACGCCAUACAGGGACUAGGCAAUCUCCUUGGCACAUUGCUGAAUUGUUUUAUUUUUGUAUUUGCUUGUUACUUCUAGACAUUCGGCUGAAAAUAAGCAGGAUUACUAAGUAUACGUAAGCCUCUCUAAGAGGGGUCAUUCACAUUACGUCGUUCCUCAUCUGAAAGUAGCGCGCGCUAUAGCCGCGAAUUUCAAGUUUAGGGAGAUAGUUUUCCUUUUCGGCCAAGGUACCACAAAAAAGUGGUCUUCAGCUGCAAGUUUCUAAUUAAGUUAUUUAGAAACGCUAUUUCAUGAGGGUACCAUUUUCGAGUGCUUAACCUCUUCAUCGUUUCCUUUACAUGUGUAGCCCGUCGUUGUUCCGAAAUGCUGAAAGAUAAGCCUUGUGUGGGUAGGUAAAAGAUCGAUUUUUUUAUUUAUUAAUUUCUAUUUCUAUUGGAAAAAUAACCAACCAUUUCCAUGGUAAUGGUGCUAUAGCAUUCAGGUAUUGAAAUGGGUAUUUUGUUAGGAAGCGGUCGAUAUAUCGGCCCGCGGCCCGUCAGCUGGUACGCCCUCGCACUUAAGGUGACGCGACCCAGUUUUUUUGGGGGGGUACCAUCCUACUUUGAAGCUCUCUGGUAUCCCCACCUUUACUUUUAUCUUUACUUUUAUCGUGACCAUUCGGAAGUCAGCCAAGCGCGGUCAUUGCACGCGUGCUGAACAAGAAUGCUGUAUAAUGACAGACUAGAAACAAUAGACAACUCCCAAAGCGCAAACUCAGCCAAAACGCUAAAAAUCUUCAAUGUUUACUCAAGUUUGGGCUUAUAGAAGAUAAUAUCACAGUUUUUCAAUGACCAUGAAAUUCAGAGUCCGGGUAGUUAGUUAAUCAAUUGUGGCCCUGAAAAAAUUUGAAGGAAAAAAAACUACGAAUUUUUAAGAAAAUGCUUUUUUCGUGAGAUUGACUCUUAAACGCCGACAAACGUCAACAAAUAGCGAAAACUAUAAUUUCUAUGUUUGCUUUGCUCGAAAUCGUGCGCAUUUACAAGGUCCUAGAGCGUUUUGCUGACUUGCAAGGACCCAUCUGUUAUAAGGAUGCUCAAAAUACAGAGAUGAAUCUCAUAGUUUAUUAGAUAUAAUCCGUGUAAAGUUUGCUUAUCAUUUUCGCGUAAAUUAUGACCUAAAUUUGGAAACCGCUGAAUUUCUCGAAUUGGGUCUUUGCGAUUUUGGUGAAACUCUGUUCAGCGCAAGGCACUAAUGCGCACUAUGUGUAGCCGAGAGAUUUUCACGAAAAAGUGCUGGCAACAGCAGAUUUUCGACUCAGACCUCAAAGGGGCGUGGCAUUAUAACCACGUGACAUUUACUCCGAUCGCCAAAAAUUUUAUGUUAUAUUGUAGAUUGAUCUAUAUGUUAUCCAUUCUAUGUGUUAGACUUACGAUAAAAGUAAAGGUGGGGAUACCAGAGAGCUUCAAAGUAGGAUGGUACCCCCUAAAAAAAACUGGGUCGAGUCACCUUAAGCCCACGCGAAACCAAGGCACAGGACCCUGCUUGCAGGUUAGAACAAAUAAAAUAGUCACCGCUGUCACAGUAAGGGCGUUGCUGGUGGUAUCUGUGUAAUAAAGUAGAAUGUCGUUCAAGGAAAUUAUUAUAUUUUAGUAUUCUAAAUUGCUUUAAGUUGUUAUCAAACGAAAACGACGUUCGAGAAGUAUCCCUUUGUAGACCAUUAAUCCUGUUUCCCUUUGGUAGGAGCCUAUUUCCUAACUUUGGCGAAUAAUGCUACAGAAACCGUGUUGGAUGACCUGUGCCAGCCGUGCAUCGAAUACUAAGAGUUCUAAUAUUAAUACUUUGUGGCAUUCUAGGGCUACUUAUCUUUCUCAUGUAUUCCUUUACGAAAGCAACAGACGUUUUCUGUGUCUACAACUAUCCAAACUGAUGUUUCGUUUAUGUAUCUCAGUCCAAGGAAGACUCCCGUUGAAACUGCGGUGUGGUCGUAAAACUGGAGAGUACUUUCAAAUAAAGAGCCUUUCUGCCGAGUACCUUCCAGGGAUCUGGUCCAAGUUGCCUGAAGCCCAGCCCCUUGCUUACGAGGAGUGUCGACUCAACCGUGGCCUUGACAUCAAUCUUGAGUACUCCUGUUCGGUGACUGCAAGAAGUCUGUGUCCUUAUGCUGAUCAAAUGAGAAACGUUAAGAUUGAAUAUUUCUGCUGGGAAGUUGGUAGGUAGAACCCCUCAGUUAUUGUAGGCCUGGGUCAUAGACCACGCGAAGUCCCUUAUUUCUUGCAAAGAUUGUAUAGUAUCAAAUAUUAAAAACACUAAAGCCCCAUUUACACGGCAGAAAAUUUUUGGUGCGGCUCGGAUGAAAGUGGUACGCGUACCCAAAAAAUAGUACUGAUUACUCAUUUACACGUUCUUUUUUCUACCGUGCUAAAAGAUGGGAAAUUAAGAUUUGGCACGGGUAAACGGCUCAACAUCUCGGCCAGCGUACUCGAUUCUUGCCUAGUGUGCAUGCUGCUUCCUCUGUAAGACAUGGCGGACGAAAAGUUCUUAGAAUUCCCACAGCUGCAUGUAGUCUACGCACAAUGAACAAGUGGGUGGUCAUUGAACUACUGGUGUGGUUAUUGAACUAUUGUGUGGUUAUUGAACACAUUGAACUAACGAAAAAGUAUUUACCACUUAGUUAAUGCUACAGAUUUAUGUUAAAAAAUUCUAACGUAUUUGUGGCUAUUUCCUCCUCAGCUGCAUGAUGACUACGCUCAUCAAUGAACUAAUGUGUGGUUAUUGAAUUUCUGGUGUGGUCAUUGAACUACUGUCGUGUUUAUAGAACUUUUGCGUGGUUAUUGAACUAACGAAAAGGCUCAUUUGCACAUGCUCUCCCACAUUGGUGCUGACCAAAGGCACGAAGGCUCAUCAGAGAAAAGUUAGCUCGGCACGGCUAAUCGUUUACACUGCACACUUUAUCCGAGCUGGGCUAGAUUUUCAGGAUCGCGUACCAAUUUUAUCCGUGCUCGGACUACUUCUCGACAUGGUCCGAGCACGGGUGAAAUUUUGGUACGGCACGGAUGGGGCAAAGUCGUUUGCACGACUAAAUCUAUCCGUGCCGAACCAAUUUUUUUGGUACGCGUACUUUGUUCAUCCGAGCCGUGCAAAAAUUUUCUGCCGUGUAAAUGGGGCUUAAAACUGCUCUCUAAAACUUCAUAUUUUGCCUCUUCCUUAUAUCCUCCCUUUAACUUGACGCCGAAUGCUCACGAAGGAGAAAAAUACCCUAGCCUUACCAUACUGUUUGUUUUGCAGAUCCUGAACUCCUGAAAGGCUUCGCCAUUUCUAAUCCCAAUGGAUGGGCAAAGUGAAGCGAG